CGAGACGUCGCGAUGCACGUCGAUUUGAAAGCUCGUCACAUAUAGCAGCAAUAAUGAAGGGGUAUUUUAAUUAAAUCGCACGAAAGAUAAAUUAAAAUAGCAUCGGAAUGAAGUUCGCUGAACAUUUAUCCGCUCACAUAACUCCGGAAUGGAGGAAACAGUACAUAAAUUACGAGGAAAUGAAAUCCAUGCUGUACGCCGCUGUGGAACAGGCCCCCUCGGCGGAGGUCGUGGAGCCCGAAAUUCUGUCGAGAUAUUUCGCGAAAUUCGACGAAAAAUUCUUCUCCUUCUGCGACAAAGAGCUCACAAAAAUCAACACAUUCUAUUCGGAGAAACUCGCCGAGGCCACCAGGCGAUACGCGAACCUGAAGAGCGAACUCAGCGAAACGCAGGAGUUCUCCUUCCAGAAGAGCAACUCCACCAGGAGGCACUUGUUGCGCAAGAAGAACGUCCCCGCCAGGAAACUCCAGGAGAUCAAACUGGCCUUCAGCGAGUUUUAUCUCAGUUUAAUCCUGCUCCAAAACUACCAAAAUCUAAAUUUCACCGGCUUCAGGAAGAUACUGAAGAAACACGAUAAGUUGCUCAGCAUGGAUUUGGGCGCCCGCUGGCGCGUCGAACAAGUCGAAGGGUCCUUCUUCUACCUGAACAAGGACAUCGACCGGCUCAUCCACGAGACCGAGACCGCCUUCACGCAGGAAUUGGAGGGCGGCGAUCGGCAGAGGGCGAUGAAACGCCUGCGGGUGCCGCCGCUCGGCGAGCACCAGAGCCCCUGGACGACAUUUAAAGUAGGUCUAUUUUCCGGAGCGUUUAUUGUCCUGCUUAUAUCGGUGAUGCUUACAGGGUUUUUCCACCUCGAACGCGACGACUGGAUAAUCAUGGUGAGAUUGUACAGAGGACCGUUACUUAUAGUGGAGUUCCUCUUUCUGUGGGGCAUAAAUAUAUACGGCUGGAGAUCGUCGGGGGUGAAUCACGUGCUGAUCUUCGAAAUGGAUCCGAGAAAUCACCUCUCCGAGCAGCACAUCAUCGAAAUGGCCGCCGUAUUCGGCGUCCUGUGGUCCAUCAGCGUGCUGACGUUCUUCUACAGCGACCAAUUGGGCGUGCCCGCCUACGUGAAUCCCCUGGUGCUUCUGGUCGUUAUGUUCGUGUUCGUCCUGAAUCCCACCAAGACUUUCCGGCACGAGGCCAGGUUUUGGGCGUUGAGAGUCAUCGGUAAGGUGUUUAUGGCGCCGUUCGUGUACGUUUCCUUCGCGGAUUUCUGGGUGGCCGAUCAGCUCAAUAGUUUGGUCACGCUGUUUACCGAUAUGCAGUAUUUCGUGUGUUUCUACUCCACUAAUACCAACUGGUCGGUUGGGGAUGAUGCUGAUUAUUGCGUGGGGAAUUUCCUUGUUCUAAGAGCAAUUGUGGCCUGCCUGCCGCCGUGGUUUCGAUUCGCUCAAUGUUUGAGAAGAUACAGGGAUACUAGAGAGAAAUUCCCUCAUAUCGCUAAUGCUGUGAAAUAUGGAACGUCAUUUUUCGUCGUUAUAUUUUCGUUUUUGAACAAAGCCUACGAUGAACACUUCCUGCCGGGCGAAAAUCCGUUUUUCUAUUUGUGGAUCGGCUCGUCGGUGAUAAGCUCCUGCUACGCGUACACAUGGGACAUAAAACUCGAUUGGGGCCUCUUCGACGCCAAAGCGGGAGAUAACAAAUUCCUGCGAGAGGAGAUCGUCUACUCUUCCACGUGGUUUUAUUAUUUCGCGAUAAUCGAGGAUUUUAUAUUGAGAUUCGGAUGGGCGUUUUUGAUAUCCAUGACGGAGAUGGGGUUCGCUUUAGAACAUUCAAUGGUCACAUUUCUAGCGCCUCUCGAAGUAUUUAGGCGUUUCGUGUGGAAUUAUUUCCGAUUGGAGAACGAGCAUUUGAACAAUUGCGGUAAAUUCCGAGCGGUCAGGGACAUUUCGGUGGCUCCGCUGGAUACGUCGGAUCAGAUGUUGAUAGUGAGAAUGAUGGACGAGCCCGACGGGGUCGUGAACAGGAGAAAGAAGAAGAACGUGCACAGGAAAUUGGUGUCGAUGACGAGGUUUUUGACCGAAGCGGAAUCCACCGAUGAUAUGGAUUAAGGACGAACGGGCCCUUGAAAGGGAGAGGCCCAUGAAAAACAGGAGUUUGGUCGAGUGAAAUGAAGUUUCUUGUAAGCAUUUUUACUGCAAUAAUUUGUUCAAAAAUUUAAACAAUUAGGGUAAAACUGCCGUUAUAAAAAUACAUAUUUAUUAGAUUGAUUAAUCAAUCAUAUUUGUAGACUGUUUUUAGUUUUAAGAAAUCGACCAUCAGUAAAUAUUUAUUUAAUGUUAAUUAUUGUUAUUGUCUAUAUAGAUUUUUAUAUAUAAAUAAAUUAUGAUGAAUUAUA